AUGGAACGCAAGGCAAAGAAGCAACAAGACCCGAAAAUUCCACCCAACAAAGCAAACAACAUCGUCUUCUUCCACCCCGACCUCGGGAUUGGUGGUGCCGAACGCCUCGUCAUCGAUGCAGCAACCGGUCUCCAAAAGCUAGGUCACAAGAUCACUAUCUUUACAUCCUACCGAGACCCCAAUCACUGCUUUGACGAAGCUCGAGAUGGCACGCUCGACGUUCGCGUGCGUGGAGACUGGCUCAUCCCUGCUACAAUCCUUGGUCGCUUCAAAAUCCUAUGUUCUAUUCUAAGACAAAUUCAUCUAUUAGUGGCCAUCACCUGGAGCGGCGAACUGACCAAGCUGAACCCAACGGCUUUUUUUAUAGAUCAGUUGUCGGCGGGCAUACCCUUCCUGCGAUGGUUCUGGGAGGAUCAGAAGAUUUUGUUCUAUUGCCAUUUUCCGGAUUUGCUGCUGGUGCAGGGGAGGAAGACCUGGUAUACAAGGAUAUGGCGGAUAGGAUUCGAUUGGUGGGAAGGCUGGGGGAUAAGAGGGGCUGACAGGGUGAUAGUCAAUAGUGGCUUUACAAAAGGAGUGGUGGAAAGUAUAUGGGAGGGUUUGGGUGGUGAGAGAGGCGUUGGGGUUAUCUACCCUUGCGUUGAUACCAAAGGAAAUGAAAAGGUCGAAGGAGACAGCAAGCCGCUAUGGAAAGACAAGAAGGUGCUGUUAAGUAUCAAUCGAUUCGAGCGAAAGAAAGAUGUCGGUCUCGCAAUCAAAGCAUUCGCCGGCCUGGAACCAAAGGAUCGAGAAGGUGUAAGGUUGGUCAUUGCAGGAGGCUACGAUCCCCAAGUUCGCGAAAACGUCCUCUACCACCACUCCCUCGAAACCCUCGCCACCUCCCUCUCCCUCACCCACGCCACCACCAAAACCCUCGUCUCCGCCCUCUCCAUCCCCCCUUCCAUCUCCAUCCUCUUCCUCCUCUCCGUCCCUUCCUCUUUAAAAUCCUCCCUCCUAAACUCCGCUCGUCUCCUCAUUUACACCCCUUCAAACGAGCACUUCGGCAUCGUGCCUCUGGAAGCAAUGCUGGCGGGCGUUCCGGUCCUGGCGGCAAACAGCGGUGGGCCGUUGGAGACGGUUCUGGAUCCGGAAACCGGGUGGUUGCGCGAUGUGGACAAGGUGGAGCAGUGGACGGAUAUCAUGAAGAGGGUUUUGGGCGAGAUGUCGGAAGAGCAGUUGCGGCAGAUGGGCGUGAACGGGAAAAGGAGGGUCAGGGAAGAGUUUUCGGAGACGAAGAUGGCGAAGCGGUUGGAUGAGGAGAUUGAGGCGAUGGUGAAGGGGAGGAGGGUCUUGGCCACCGAGCUGGCCGAUGUGGCGCUGAGUAUCCCGAUUUUGGCGGGGUGUUUGUUCACGAUCGGGGCGGUGAUACGGGCAGCUUACAGCACGCGGUGUAUCACUAUGCUGGAGACGUCGUUGGGCUCGUUGCUCAUAGCCGUAGCUUUUGCGGGCAUCGUCGGGGUUGUUUAUAAAUUACAGACGCACGAGUCUGCGUUCCGAUGA